AUGGUCUCAGACUCCAGUCAACACCUCUCUGUCAGACUGGGUCUGAUGGGCCUCAAAACCACUGACAAUGACGAAACAUGCAGCAUCGCCAGCGACAUCAGCAACGCCGACACCGACAGAAUCGUCCGCUCAACAUUUCCCUCCCCCUCGCCACCAAACUCGCCCUCCCCCACCACCUUCUCUGACGUAGAUAAUAACAACGACAACAACACCAGUAGCAACAGCAGGGGCAACAGUUACAGCAAUCAUAUAGAAAACAAUAAUACCAACAACGAAGACGAGACAGUAACAGAGGAGGAAGUGUACUCACUCCUGACUCACCCGGCAAUCGUCUUUGCAUCGGAGCGCCUUUCCGACAGUGACUAUGUGUCUCGCUUCCACACGGUCAAGGUCUUUGACUUUGACCAGACCUUGUUCCAAUCGCCCCUGCCCAAUCCUGCGCUUUGGGAUCCAUCUUUCAUUGGGAUUUUGACCUCUUGGGCGUAUUGUGGAGCCGGUUGGUGGCACAAUCCCGGAACUCUCGACAUGGGUUCGGAGAUCGAGGCCUCGCUCUGGAGCGGCUGGUGGAACGAAGCCAUCGUUGAGAAGGUUAGGGAGUCUUCGGAGGACCCAGGAUGCCUGACUAUUUUGCUCACAGGGAGGAACGGACCUACUUUUGGACAAAAGUUGGUUAGCAUGAUUCAAAGCAAAGGACUCGACUUUGACCUCAUUGUCACCAAACCUACAACAGUCGCCCUCCUCGACCCCUCGCGUUCAUCUGUUUCCAGAAAAGUCGACAAGAAGGCUCCAGCCAGCAGCAAACCGGUGGAAAAGUAUCUCAAGGUCCACACUUUCAACACCAAGCACGAUUUCCUCUACAACGUCCUCUACGAAUACCCAGUCAUCCGAACCAUGCACCUCUGGGACGACCGCCCCUGCCAGAUUGCAAAGUUCCGUCAGGCAGGACAGGAAUGGCUCGACAAAAAAAUGCUGGACCAUUUCGAAAUCACCGUUGUCCAGGAGCCGAUGGUCUAUUUGGACCCACAACGAGAGAUUGAUCUGGUGUUGGCAAUGGUGGAGGCCAACAACCGUCAGGUCGACAUUGAAGAGCAAGGAGGACCGUUCUUGGUGCCAGGAGUGGGUGCGGUGCCAAGGACUAGACCAGAAUUGAGGGACCGCAAGAUUUGGGACCCCUACGAGACGUACGUCCCCCAGAAGCGACACCGGAUUGAGGUGACCCGGAUGGCGCGAUACACGGGGGUCAUGUUUUCCGAGGCCGUACAGAGAAUCAUGCGGGAUAAAUUAGGUGGCUCACAUCCACAGGACCGACAGUAUCAACAGCAACAGCAUUGCCACGACCAUCAUUACCACGGCAACGACGUGCAUGACACUAACCCAUGGGUGGAUCGACCAUUGGUGCUGAGAGAUCAAGAUUUGGGCAAGUGGGUCGUACCCGAUGACCUGCACGUUACAUUGUGUCUCGGAACAGGCACACCAGAGUUCUUGGAGUCGAUCGGUGGCCUCGGAGCAACUGUUUUGGUCGAAGCGGAAAGCGUUGGUGAGCUCGAGAGUCGGAUAUGGGCUCUCAAGGUCAAGGAAAUGAAAAUGGGCGUAUUGCCUGAUGGUGGUGAAGGUGGUGGAGAUGGUGAACAAGAAGGACAGGAUGACGAUACUCGGGAGGUCAGGAUCGUAGCACCCAAUGGAUACCUUUAUUCCAGUCUGGAUGCCCUUCGAGCGGCGUAUAUUUCCAGGCCGUCAACCGUCACCUCGCUCUCGUCCUCGUCCUCGCCCAUGUCAACUCCAACCACAAGGACGCCGUCUAUUCAGGAGCAGGAAGCAUCACAGUCGUCGAGUCAUGGCGUUGAAGAUAUUCCCUUGGACCUGGUCGACCUCGACCGUCUGGGACAUGUUGUGCUGAAGAAUGGCGAAUCUACACCACACAUCACAAUGGCCUAUGAUCGACUCAACGGAACACGGGCGAUGGAUUCUGGCAAGAUUACGCAAUGGGAGCCCCUUACCGAUGCAGACGGACAACCAUACCCUUACCGCCUGGUCUUUGUCGGAACGGUGGCUGAAAAGAAGCUUUUGGGGAUGAAAGCCCGCAAGGCGGCGGUAGUGACCAAGGCCGAGGUCAGUCUAGGCAACCUUAUCAAGAGCUUGACGGGCGAUAAGACGAUCACGGGCAAGGAGUUGGGGGAGUUGGUACAGGCGGUCAAGGAGGAGAUGGAGAAACUGUCUGUCGAGAACCGGUUGGCGAACGAGGAGCGGAUCAUGACGAUCGUGCAUGAUGUUUGUGACCGAUAUGAGACCAAGAAGUUGCUGCCCCAUCAUAAUAUCGCCUCUGCUUCCACCAUGUCCAUGCCAACUAUCGCUAUCCAAGAAUGA